AUGCAACCCGUCUUCGAUCCAGAUUCAGCUGAAUUCCCCACCCGCGACAAGCUACCACCAAUCGAGGGGGCGCCGGAAGGAGCGGCUUGGGUCUGGGGUAAAGAUGAUAACCUGGGACGAUUGAAUCUCCUCACGCCCAGCAGAGUCGCUCAAGCUGCCAAAGAAAUCAAGUCAGGCGUGAUUGUCCCUCUAUACCUUCCUCUGGAUGUCCCUGAGGUUCCUGCCUUUGGUCGUGAAACCUUCAAGCAUAAGAUAAAGGCACUGGUCCUAAACCUUGGCUAUGAUGAUCUCUACGAGCUGAACACCCAGAGUGGCACUCAAUGGGAUGGCUUCCGCCAUGUUGCGAAUGCGAAGUCUGGGUUCUUCUACAAUUGGACCACAGGAUCGGAUAUCGAUGGUCCAGAGCCCACGCACAAGUGCUCGGUGCACCAUUGGGCUGAACACGGGAUCGCUGGACGGGGGGUUCUGCUCGAUUACAGGCGUCACGCAGAGAAGAAGGGCAUCCACUACGAUUCUUUUGAUUAUCAUGCCAUCAGCUUUGACGACUUGGUGGCAGUUGGGAAGGACCAAGGUAUCAACAUCUUGCCCGCUUCCCAAGGCGGAGAUAUCCAGGUGGGAGAUCUCUUAUUCAUCCGGGCCGGCUUCGUGGCCGACUACCAUGCCAAGUCAAAGGAAGAGAGAAAGCAAGCCGCGCUCAGACCUCAUGUCUAUGGCCCCGACGAUCAACAACGCUGGGCAGGGGUGAAGCAAGAGAGCCCCAUGUUGGAUUGGUUACACGAUUGUUGGUUCUCCACCGUCGCAGGAGAUGCUCCGGCGUUUGAGGCUUGGCCAUCGCAGACUGACUAUUAUCUGCAUGAGUAUAUACUCCCCCUUUGGGGCAUGCCGCUCGGCGAGAUGUUUGACUUGGAGAAAUUGUCCAAGACAUGCGAGGAGCAGAAACGAUGGACCUUCUUUGUCACCAGUGCUCCCGCAAACUGCCCAGUCGACAGCACCGAUUCUUCGAAUGCGCGACGAAAGUGUUCAAAUGCCUGCGUUGCGUGCCGACGUCGCAAAGUCAAGUGCGACAAUUUGGCACCCCGGUGCUCAAACUGCGUCCUCUACAACUCCGCUUGUGAGUUUGCUCUGGACAGACGCAAGACGAGGGGGCAGGCGGCCAAGAGCAAUCGUGUCCGGGCAAAUCUACAACGACCCGAUCGCGUCGUGGCCGACUCUCUACAGGCCCAGAGCCCCGAGCCCUCGACAGCCAGUCGCCGAUCAAAGUCUCGAGUAAAUGAUGCGUCAUCACUGUCGCCUACGCCCCGUACCAAUAUAACGACUGAGAGCACAGAGUCGCUGGGUCCGUUUGAUGAUACCGCCUACUGGGAAACACUGGUUCGCGACUCUGGCUCAACCCUUGCCCAUGUGGAUGAUCCCGUACCAGAAGACGCAGAGGCUCUGCCCAAGGUGGCGGAGCCAGGGAAUACAGGUGCUUACUGGUUCUCGUUGCGCCGCCUCGGUGUAUCAAAUGGACGGACGGAGAGGCCGACGCCGACAUUGGCUGUUUCAAUGUCGCCAGAUACGGCCCUUCCGCAAAGACCAGUAUUAUCCGCUUCCGUUUGGGGCAAGACGGACCUCAGGAACCUUUUAGCACGACGGACUGGUCGCCUCCAACAAGACGAGGAUAGCUGCUACACUUUUUCAGGUGGGAUGAGCCUACGAGGAAUCCUCCCUGAAGAGGAACCGCAUACUCCACUCCCGCCGGAACGGCAACAGGUCGAAGUCAGGGACUCUUUCAACAUCGAUGAUAACGACUGCACUCUUCUCUCGGAAAGUCUGGAUCACCUAGGGUACCGAGAUCGUUUGACAGAACUUUUCUUUAUCUGGUACAACCCCUGGUUAAACGAGAUCGAUGAAGAGAUGUACUUUGUAUACAAGUCUUCUUCUCCUACGGCCCAGGACAAUUUCUUUUUCUCGGCAGCCUUGGAAACAGCAAUCCUUGCCAUCGGCGCCACAUAUUCCCAAAUUUACCAGCCAAUGGUCUCUGGCCGUCCCUGUGAAUUGUUUGCUCGGCGUGCCAAAGUCCUCAUUCAAGCAGAGACAUCCAAAGCCUCGCUUGCAUCAAUACAGACACUGAUGUUGCUGUCGCAAUAUGAAUUCGACCAAGGGCGCUUAUCGCAAGGCUUCCAGCUCCAUGAUACGGCAAUGCGCAUGGCCACUUCUCUUGGCUUUCACCACCAACACGACCAGAUAGAAGUGCCGCUACCGUUCAAGCAGAUGACUGCAGACGCUCAAUACGUCUUGGCCAACACUUGGAAAGCGCUUUUAUUACACGACAUCAUCUGGCGUAUCGAAUGCGGACGUCGAUGCACGUCGGUCAUCGAAGACCUCCUCUUGUUGCCCUCGAGCCCCUUGAAGAGCCCGGGAUGGAGUCGCCAUGUUCAACAGGCCCGAGCUCGAUCCUCGCUGUGGGCCUACCAGCAAAACAGUGUGAACGACUUUACGAUCGCCAUGACAGAGCUAGUCAGCAUGUCAGCCCGCGUUUCCAAUGACCUGUAA